CUGCUGCCGAAGGUCUCGGUCGACGUCCAGCAGCUUGGCGGGUUGGCCGUGGAGCUCGGCUUGGACCCCAGCCUUCAGGCACAGCUGGAGUCGGCGGCCAAAGUCUUCGGGAGGCUCCAUGAGCUUCCCCAGGCGAAGCCGCCGGCGGCACAGGUCCUCGCUGGGGAAGCCGCCAAAGACGACAUGGAGAUCGACAUCGACCUCAUGGAGUCCGCCGAGCCGCGGGAGGCGUUGGAGGCGGCAGGACUCAUGCAGCCUGACGAUGCCACCGACGCGGACAUGCGGGUGGCGUACAAGCGUGUCCUUGAUUCCUUUAC